AUGACUGAAAAAUACAAACAGGUCGUGAAUCGAAUCCCCAAGGAAAUUUGGUGGAUGAUUCUGGACGAAGCCGUCGACCAGCACAACCCGCUAUUCUUCUCGACUACUUUUGAAGGGAGCAACUGGUCUACAUACUCGACCAGAACAUCCAUCAGGCAAGAAGCUGAACAACAAAAUCGUGCCGAGACGCAGAGGAAGAUCAUCGGGUCUGUAUGCCGCUCGUGGCAAGUCUUUGCCCGGUUAAGACGCGAUCGUCGUAUCACUAUAACGUGGGGAGAAAUGGACAAUAUGUAUCAAUUGCUCGAGAGAGCGUCGAGCGCAUGUCGUGGCGAGCUUUACAAUGGUGUCUGUCAGUGGAUCAUCUUCACCUCACAUUGUGUGAAAGGCUUCAAUUGGGAGAUCGUGGAGAUGAAUAUGGAAAAUAUAGAAAUUUUUCUCCUUAUCCCAUUUCCACGCUUGCGACGCCUGCGGAUGCGCCCAACGGAAGGUUUUGAUCACACCCGGUUUCUCGAUGCAUUGGUCAAAUUUAACAACAUCACUUGGCUCGACUAUCAAGGUCGCUGUGAUUCUUCGGAUCGGUCUCCUGCGGUGGACGAGAAGAGACCUCCGGUUGUCGUCUCCAACCUUCAAGUUCUCUCGUACGGAUUCCAAGGUCCUCUUGAGUAUCCUUUUCAACAUCUUUCAUUUCCAUCUCUUCGAUACCUAUCCUUUCAUAUUGAUGCUUGGCCCAGUUAUAUGUCUCUAACCGAGGUCCUCUCACACUAUCGUCGAACGCUCCAGUCAUGCGUCAUCAAAGUGCAGAGAGUGACAACACUAUUCGAAUGGAAUGAUCAAUUUCCACCAUGGGAUGAAUUCCCCAAGCUGGAAGAGUUGGUCAUCGACAGACCAUGGGUUACAAAUUUUCAUCCACUCCCUUCAAAUCAUCCAUUACAGAGACUAGAAGCACAAUACAAAGUGAUAGAUGGGAUGAAAUCGCUGUUGGAAGGUGCACAUAUGAAGGAGAUUAUCUUGCAGAGGGUCUCCUGGGCGAGUGACGGCGGAUUGAAAGGCAAAGGUCAAGGGCUAAUCAUGGAUAAGGUCGAAGUAGAUUGUUUUAUAGAACAAGCUCGGUGUCGAGGGAUUGUGUUUAAAGUAUCUUGGAACCCCGGCAGAUAUCUACCUAGACCCAAAUUUUUGUAG